UCAUCCGAGACUGGUAUCGCUAUCAAAAUUCGUUGAUUUCGAUGUCAAAUUAAAUCCAUAAUCUUCAUCGACGAACUCUCUGUGACUCAUUUACUGGAUUCAGCAUGUGAGGUAUCAAUCGUUUCAGUGGCAGCGGGAGUGGAAGAGAAGAAAUGGAGGAGGCCAACUUCUGUGGUUUCAAUCAUUUGGAUGCCGAUGUCCGUUUGCCUCCACGAAAGCGUCUCCUAGCUGGACUGAAGAAGCAGAGUUGUAAUUACUCUUCUCCUUCAUCACCUCUUUCUUCUAUUGCGACUGAUUACACUGCCCAUCUGCGGAAUCUGCUGGGCUCUGAUUCUAACAGCCUUGGUCUUUCGGCCGAGGAGAUCGUGGAUGCCUCCAGAUCAGCAGCUAUUGCUGCUGCCAAGGUUGCGGCUGCAGCCAAAGCUGCAGCAGAAGAGAAGGCAGCUGUGGCAGUGAGGGCUGCAGCUGCUGCCAAGAGCGCCCUAGAGCUAGUUGCUUCUGUUUCCGAAAAGACAUCAUGCAAAGAUAGAUCUAUUAGGAAAAGCAAACCAAAGAAACAUGUUCCAGUCCAACUCUUAUAUAAGAAGCGCCAACCCGUAGAGAAUUGUAAAGCUGAUGAAGAAUUGGCGCGUAGACUGCACCGAGCUAUGAAUAGCUCCCCCAGAAUUUCAAAGAAUUCUGAUGGUUCUGCCUGUAAAAUUCACAUUAAUGACAACCCUAAAAAUCUUCAUGAGUUAGAUAAACCAAUGUUUUCUGAUGGAGUGUUGUUGUCAGAAGGAAAUCCACCUUCUAUAUGUGAGAAGAAUGCUGUGGCAAGUGAGGUCAACUGCAGGGGGUCCAUCCUGAAGGUAGGAAACACUGAUAAAGUAAGUGAGAGAGGUUUGGAGUCCAAACCUUUGGUCUGCACUAAAGCUAACUGUCUGGAAAUGGAUAUGUUUCCAUCAGCUAGAGAAGCAGUAACUACUUACCUAAAGAAAAAACAUGGGCAGAUAUCAGAGGAUACUGGUACUACUGGUAGAAAGAGGGGAAGAAUCAAGCAGAAAAAGCUAUCUUUAACACUAUGUACCAUUAAAGAUCGUGAAAAUCUCAGAGAAGAUUCAGAAUCCAUAGGCUGCUCAUUGAUGGGAGAGCCAAAUGAUGAAUCUGUUUCAAGGAAUAUGAGAUUAAUUUCUGUGAAUACUCCAUCUGAAGGUGAGGAGUCAGUCAAGUGUAUGCCGAUACGGAAGAGCAAGAAAUUUAAACCAACCCCAUGCUUUGCUGAGAAUAAAAUCAUGCAACCUUUAUGUUCAAAUCCAACAGUGACUACAGGAUCUGCCAUGAUAGAAGUUGAUCAUUGAGUUGGGAAAUUCAACACAGCUGGUGAAGCAAGUGGUCAGUCAUAUGGUCUCUAUUAUCACGUGAACUCCAUAGGCGUUUGAUCAUGAUCAUGUGGUGGUGACAAGACGAGAUAUCCAAAAUAUCUUGUGGUUGUCUUCUAAAAGCAGCACUCAUAAUUUUGGUCCCCUUCAGUUGUUUCUGCUUUAUGAGGAAUGGUGUACUGAUGGAUCAUUCAAACCAUUCCACUC